AAGAAUAACGAAUGGAGAGUGCAGUCUCGGCCGACGUUGUGAGAGCACCUCGCUCAUCGCCACGGAAAGCUGCUUUUUCCCAUCGCGCACCCAUCCGGAGUUGGAUCCCAUUGCACUCGUGCACUGCAGUCCCAUGAAGUAUAUAGCCCCUCGUUUCUCUCCAUUACUGAUCCGGGACAGGUGCUGUUGACUUCCUGGCGACAGGGGAUCAUCGGGCCUUCAAGAUCCGUCUACUUGUGGUGAUCGGGUGCCGCAGCUGGGCUGCUGCGGGGAGCUUUGAUCGCUGCCAGGAUGGCGUCUUCGUCGUUGCCCUUGGCGGUGGUUCUCCUGCUCCUGGUUUCUGCUUGCUCUUCCCAAGCUCUCCCUGGAUACCGUGUUCUGCCUCACCGUUUUCUCGAAGCUGGGAGUGAUUCUGACAACUCGCGGUCGUCGGGAGCUUUGAAGAAAAACUUGCGGCGAAUGUUGUCUUUGGUCGACUCCCCUCCGCUAUUCCCUUCUCCACCCCCUCCUCCUUCUAGUCCGCCGCCACCUCCCUCAUUUAAUAUUUCAUCUCCGCCUCCGCCACCAUUCCCCUCUCCACCUCCUCCACCUCCCAGUCCACCUCCGCCCCCUCCUAAUUCACCGCCUCCACCACCUUCAUCUCCACCGCCUCCACCAACUUCAUCUCCACCGCCUCCACCACCUUCAUCUCCACCGCCUCCACCACCUUCAUCACCACCGCCUCCACCACCCUCCCUAUCUCCGCCCCCUCCUCAUCCAUCGCCGCCGCCGCCGAGGAUACACUCACCUCCUCCGCACAGGAGACAUCCUCCUCCACCGCAUAGGAGACAUCGUCCUCCGCCUUGCGACGAAUACGAUGACCAUCACUAAAAGUGAACUUCCACAGCAGGAAUCGUUGAAUGCUGAAGGAACUUCUCUGUGGUCUACUCCUAAUAUUCUGUUAAUAAGCGUAGAAUAGAUAGCAAAUGUACAUCGUUGCAGAGCUUCUAUUCAAGUGCCAAGAUAUAUUUAUUUUUAUUUUAACUUACUCGUCUCUCUGA